GACAGGUUUCUUCUAACUUCUUAUAAUUAUUAUAUUUUGCCUAGCUUUAUGAAUGCGAUUAAUCCACGUUCUAUAACGAAAUGCACCUUAAAAAACAAUAAUUAAAUACAAAUGUCUUAAUUUAUUUUUAUAAGAAAUAACAUUAAAAUAAACAAACAUCACAAAACAUAAUUUUGUUACCCUGGCUGGCAUCUGUGCCAUUAAAUCAUAAUGGCAAUGGAGCCACUAAAGUUAACUUCUAAGUUGUUUAUGUGCACUAGCGUAGAUUUCAGAGAUGAAUUCGAGGAGCGCUUUGAACGAGCUUAUCAAGCAUUGCAGUACCAAAUUAAUGGCUUGAAUGAUAAAGAAAUGCAUGACUUGUUGUCACAACAAGCUUGCAAAGAAAAACAACAUGAAGAAAUAUCAAUUGGAUUUUUAUACAUAAUAUUAACUGAUCCUCAAGCAGCACCUAAAAUAUAUCGUGAUCUGACGCUGAUAACAAGAGAUGGCUUAAAUUUUGUACUAACCAACUUAACAAUGUUGGUCGCUGAUAAAUAUACAAAACUAACUGAUGUUAGUAGACGGCAAUUGAUAUGGUUGCUACAUGAAUUGGUCAAGAAUAGGGUUCUAAAUGUUGAAAAUACUAUAUGGAAUUGUAUGAGACAAGCUGGUGGAGGAGAUAUAUCACCAAAAAACAUUUCUCUUAUUGAAGGACUUCUUGACAUCUUUAUAGAAUUUCGUCCUUGGCUGGAAAAUUAUCCGUUUUUAGUUGGGACAGUAGUGUAUAGUUAUGUUCGACUUAUAGAAGACCAUACUAGCCCGCUAUUAACUAAUUUAAGGAAUAAAGAGAUAACAUUUGUGGUUGCCUUAAUAAGAGAUAGAUUUCAGGACAUUAUACCACUCGGAAGGGAUUUUGUAAGAUUGUUACAAAAUGUUGCCCGAAUUCCAGAAUUUGAACAACUUUGGCGUGAUAUUCUUUAUAAUCCAAAAACACUAUUGCUAUCGUUCAACGGCAUCUGGCAAUUAUUACAAAUCCGAACAAGCAGACGAUAUCUUCAGUGUCGACUUACGCCUGAAGUCGAACGAAAGCUUCACUUUCUUGCAUCAUCAGUGAAAUUUGGAAAUCAAAAGCGUUAUCAAGAUUGGUUCCAAGAUAAAUACUUUGCUACACCAGAGUCCCAUAGUCUACGUUCGGAUCUCAUUCGAUUCAUCAUCAAUGUUAUUCAUCCAACAAACGAUAUGCUUUGUUCGGAUAUUAUACCACGUUGGGCAAUUAUUGGAUGGUUGAUAUCUUCAUGCACUAAUCCAAUAGCUUUGGCAAAUGCAAAACUAUCAUUGUUUUACGAUUGGUUGUUUUUUGACCCCAACAAGGAUAACAUUAUGAAUAUUGAACCGGGUAUUUUGGUUAUGUACCAUUCAAUAAGAAAUCAUCCGUUUGUUAGCUGUACGCUGUUGGACUUUUUAUGUCGUAUCAUGAAGAAUUUUUUCCCAAAAAGUGAAGAGCAAAUAAGGACGGGGGUUUACAAUUCCUUAAGAAAAAUACUGGAAAAACAGGUUAUUCCAAAUCUUCAACCACUUUUUGAAUCACCUAAACUCGAUAGAGAUUUGCGAAAUUUGAUUCGUGAAAACUUCCGUGAAUUUGUGUGUCCGACAACACCUGCAGCCGGAGCACCAGUUGGUUCAAUGUUUGUACCUGUUCAAAUGAAUCAGCCAGGCGUUAAAAAAGAAGAUCAAGUCUAUAAUCUGGAUGAAAACAAAAUUAUUUGUCCUGGAACAGACUCAAUGGAAACGCGUGAAUAUGCAACCCACAACUUAGACGAUACACAAGAGACAACGCCAGUUCUGAAUGCAGUCGAAAAGAACGAACCAGAAGUAGAACCCUCGUUUAGUGAAGACGAAGAUGAACAAAUAGUUAGUAUUAAGUGUGAGGACCUUACUGAUGACGAUGAUGAUUUGCCACUUUCAAAGGUGCGCUUAAAGGAGAAACCAACUACAGAAAAAACUGAACUCCCAAGUAGCAUAAGUGACUCAUUUGAUCAAUUUGUACUAAAAAGAAAUUCAUCGUCGCUAGAAGAAUUUGUCGAUCAAUUUAGAACUCUUACGGUAUCGUUGAUAGAUGAACAACAACAACUUUAUGUAUCAUCCAAUGUACAAGCUAUACUUAAAGAAACCUUACCUGAAAACAUAUUCACAGAGAGUAAGACAGACGAAAAAAGUUUAUCCAGAAGCAUAAGCUAUCCAAUAUUUACCGUAUUUCGUAGCUUAUACGAGUCAGAGGAAAAGGUUAAGAAGCCUUUUAGUGUCCUGUUAGCUUCAAUUUAUGAAAAAAUUCCUGAAACUGGAUAUUUGCUGUUGUACUUUUUAAAAGUCUACACAAAAGUACAAGCACGCCGAAAUGCAAACCAAUGUUAUCAGUUCAAAACCUGUGUUUAUAAGACUCUUUGUGAUGCCUUAGAAGAAAAAAUCGACAAGUGCUUAGUGCGGGAUUUAAAUGCUCUUGAAAAUGAAAAUACACAAAUGUUUUUAUGGCUCCUGCCAGACAUAUACCGAGAGUUCAAAUCUAACGUAGUUAACAAUAAUGAAAUGAUCAAAAUAACAUUAAGGUGCGUCGACGCAAAGAAUAUUCGUGACUUAAUGUAUUACAUUGCACAAGGAAAACUGUCGCUAUUCAAGCACGACGGAUUAAUAAAUUGUAUACGAGAUAGUUUAUCAUAUGAGACAUUCGAACAACUGUGUUUGUGGCAACUAGUUCAAGCUCACGAUAUACCAUUGAAGUGUUUACAGGACAUACUGCCGGAACUGGAGUCAGCCAACCAUCCUGAAGCGUUGUGUUAUAUGCUUCUUUUAUUAAAAAAUGAGGACCCAAACGUUGAAUUAAUAAGAUUGCUUCUAAGUAGAGAAACUAAGACAAGAGGCGAUCCAUUUGUUACAUCUGCUCUUAGAUUUUGGUGCCAAAGAGGAGAAGAAAAACUUUCGGAAAUAAUCGCAGGACUUCUAACUUCAAAAUAUCCAAGUUCUUCACCAAAUAAACGAAAGCGCCCUUUAAAGGGAAACCAGUCAAUGGGGAGUACACCAUCUGCGGACCAAAUUUUAAGCCAUUUGGAGCACUAUCGAAGAAGUUGUCGUCAUGGAACAGGUACCGGGCUAUACGUUCAUGAUACAAUGCAAAGAGCACUCCAAACAGCAUUUAGUCACAGUAGCGAAACCACAAAAAAACAAUAUAGUGAUCUUUUUGCGCUAGCAGCGGAAGAAGACACGACAGCUGUGGGACGGCGUGGAGGUAGUGGUAGAGGGAGGAAACCACCAAAUAAUAAAAAAGAAUCAAAUAAUUCAGGAAACAAUGCGAAAAAGACUUCAGAUCCAAUUAAGACAAUGUACACAAGUGAUGAAGAUUCGAGUGAGGAAGAAUGGUUAAAACCUCUGUACAAGAAAAGAAAAAAAGCUUUUAAUGAUUCGGAAUAAGAACGUCUUUGGAGAGAAUCACAUUAUGUUUAUACAUAUAAAAAUUAAAAUAUAGUAUUAGUUAUCAAAAAUGUAAAUAUUUAUGUAUAGUCGUAUAAUUUUUAUGAAAUGCAAAUUACUUUGGUAAAUAUAGCAAAAAAAAAACAAAAAUUAAAGUAUUCUUUUCACUUAAAUCAUCAACACUCAGUUUUUAAAUUGUCUUUCAAUAGUAAAUUAAAAAGAAGACAUAAAAUUCAUGAAUUUUCGACUCGUAAAUUCAUUUUUAGGACGUCGUUUUUUCCUACUUUUGAUGACUCAUCGUCUAAGCUCAUAUGAUUAAUAACAAUUUAAAAGCAAGCACUCAGAUCGCCAUAGGUUUAGUGAAUGUUGAAAAAGUCUUAAGCGGAUUGAUUAAGAGAUUCUUUUUUUUAAACACUGGUAGGGUAUUGAGGCAGGAUUUAUGUUCGUUAACUUUUUUGUAAUGGUGUUGGUAAAGGUUAAACGCAUCGUUUCCU